GCUUUAUUCAAACUUGGUUGUUUUCACGAUUCCAUCAUGAAAAUCAGUAAACUGUUGAGGGACCCGAAUUCACCCGUCAGGAAUUUAAAAUAGAAGGCAUAUUCUGUUAUUCGAAGUACAUUAAGCGAGGUCGAACGUAUAAAGUAUCUGAAUUGCACUUCAACAAUCCGAGUGGCCUCUCAUCUGCAUUGAGAAUUUCGGCAAGUUCCAUUCUUUCACGAUUGGAGGGUGGAAUUCCUCUCUCGAGAACAAGAGCCUUAUCACGUGAUCUUAGUGAUGAAAAUAUAGAGCAAUUUUCCGUCGCAGUGGUCAAAGUGUGUGCAUGUUUCUUAAAAGAAAUUAUUUCACACAUUUUUUAAAUUAUUUAUGAAAUAACAUGGCUUAGCAAAAAUUGAUACUUUCUUUCCUAAAACCAAGAAAGGUAUUUUGUUUCUAGGGAUAUAGGUUUUUCGAAGUGAAUGGUUUUGUUAAUUCUCUUUAUUUUGAUCAGAUAAUGAUAACGAAUUCAUUACACCAGCAUGUGCAUUUUAUUUAUUUAGCGCCUUCAUGUGAGAUAGUCGAUAAAAGAUCCAAAGCAAAGAUGUUAAUCUCUUCAAGUCCAUAAUGACUCGCACUUUUAAGUAAAGCUUCCUCAACGUUUAGUUGCGGAUAGUAAUGAUUAAAUCCCCAGUCGAACAUUCUUGUCACUGCUAGUGCGCAUGUCAGAGCUGAAGCCCCAUGAAAGACUUUGUCUUGAUGAACAAACACACAUUACCAGCCGUCCAAACAAGGUAAUAAACCGUGCUAAGAAAAAAGUCCUGUUGCCAUAGGUAACGAAGAUGACCGCAUGCGGUUCAAACUUUUAUAUCUACAUAAUAAAGACAUUGAUUAAAACAUGUGAAGAGGCGAGAACGUUCGUCAUCAAUGGUGACAAGUUGUCAACCACUUUAAUUCAUAUGCACCAAGUCUAGACUAGGAAAGUUUAAGUUCCACGGGGAAAAACGCUCCUGCUUUCAUUUCCGUGGUAAAACGUUCUUACUUGUAUGAAUUCACUAAGAAAUUCAUUGGUUACACUGACUCUCCACAUAAUUACAAGAAUCAAGGGGAAGUCACAUGUGCAUAGCUCUCAUUUGAACUGCUCUGUGAAUUUCAGUCGCAGACUCAAAAGUUAGAACCACCUUGUACAGGAUAAUAAACAGCACCACAGGAAAGUACUGCUCAGUACUGCUUUCAUUUGAAUGGUCACACUUUAGGAUUUCAUCCACAGACGCAAAAGUUACAACCGCCUCUACAGCGUAAUAAACAGUACCACAGAAGAGUACAACUUAGUAGCUUUCAUUUGAAUGGUCACACUAUAGUAUUUCAUUCACAGACUCAAAAGUUAGAACCACCUGGUACAAUAUAAUAAACAGUAAAACACAGGAAAGUACUUUUCAGUAGCGUUUAUUUGAAUGGUCACACUCCUAGCGAUUUCCUUCAACUUGUCCAAACACUUUAAAAGCUAGAGCUAGCUCAGAACAGACCACUAAACAACAGCAUGAGGGGAUGUUUAUACUGUAGAAAUUUAACAUGCAAUUUGAAAAUUAGCAGAGCUUCAUAAAGCAUUAUCAAAAGAAGUGGAAAGAAAGAAAGACUCGAUUAAUCCGCGUCAUCAAUAACCAUCCGCUCUUACUCUGAUAAUCAAAUAUUUCAUGUUGCACAUUGUGCGUCAUUACCAAUAUUAGACACUCAGCCCGUUCACAAGAAUUAUCACACCUCAAGAGUUUCAAUCUCAGACUUGAAUGUUAAGAAUAUGAGGCUCAGUACUAUUCAUGGCAACGCGUACAGCCGUUUACUCGAGGUACAAAACAAGACUGCCUCCGCGCAGGACAAAAGUACAGUCAUACCAUGUUAACACACAGACACUGAAAAGGCGAUAGAAAGAGUCCGUAUCAACAGGGUGUGAGUAUUAAGAAGGUCAUGUUAUGAAAGUCAAAAAGACACCUUUUAUUACUACAAAAUACUAAAGAAAUACAAGAGGACAUAAGCAUCUUCAAAUUAAACAUUUCUAACCUUAACAAAGCCUUUAUUUCUCGGACUAAAUUCACAGAAACACUCAAAAAUCGCUCAUCUUUAUAUUAGUUAAUCAAAACCGUUUUCUUCAUAACUCAUGUGAUGCCAAAAUAGUCUGAAGUUGAUUUCAAACAUUUAUCUUAUGCGGUACUGUAUGGCGCUUGGAACAUCGAAAUGCUGUCAAAAAGGAUAGGUCUGUAACAGUACACAGUUAAUACUGAAUGAAAUCUUGAGAUCCACAUUAGCGAGGUUGGCAUUCUGUGAGAAUCUCAGUGUUGACUUGGCAAAAAACAAGAAUCGAUUGUCUGUAUUAAGCGGGUUAAAUUUAGAGAAAAUGUACGGGCUUUCAGUUCCGCAGCAGGGACAAAGAAAAGUGUCCGUAUGAAGCUGGGUUCGAAUGUAUUCAAUGGCAAGCAAAAAACGAGUUAAAUACGUUCCUAAGUAACAUAACUGAUAAGAUUACUUUUAUUGGAUUAGGAGAAGUUAGAAGAGUGAUACUUGGUAAUUGACUGGACACAUGAAUAUCUGUUGCAUGGUAUUGUAAACGCUACCCUUUCGCCAAUCCCGACGAGAGUAAGCCAUUAACAGAAACGCGAUAUAAGAAUCGGCUGUUAAGAAGUGAGGAUUACUAUCUAGAAAACUUUAAAGUUAUACGCUGAACCUCUAUAGGGAACAAUGAAUAGUCCUUCAAGGGAUCAAAAAAACCCUUUAUUCAAGUCAUUGCUAUCGUUUGCCCAGCUUUGUAAUCUGAUUGAAGUCUGUUCAAACAUACAUGCAAAACUUAAAACUUCUCUGUUUUCUUUAACUGAUUUGUUAAUUUCAUCAAAGGAAAUCCUGUUUGCUUUAGAAUAGUGUAAGGUGUUAGCCAAGACGUGGAAAAGAGUAUAUUGUGUUUUAAAGAUUGAAGAAAUUAGUGAAAAGUAAUUGAAAAUUAUAUAUUCAACGAAAACUUUGUGACAAUUCCAUUUCUUCGAGAGUUUGUAACAAAGUAGACCUUUAAAACUGGUUUGAGGGUUUAGGAAGGGUCAAACUCGUUGUCUACUCACUGGCUUUGCGCCAGCUACUUAGUUUUCGUUGUGUUUCAUCAAGUGUUUCAUUGUGUCUUGAAGGCGCUCGUCCAGCUUACACCCCACACAUAGAAAGCUUGGAUUAAAGCAAGGUUAAAACGAGCUUUCAGAGCUCAAAAUUGCUGCUUGUGUGAAACUUAAACGUUGUUACGGACAUUUCUUCCCUUGCAAGUGCAAUUAUCUCCUUUAACACCUUCACUCAGAAUAAUGAAGAAAGGUUUAUUUUUUCUCCGCUCUCGGAACCAGUAGUGGCCUGCAUCGGUGCUACAUGAGUCUGUGGAUGAAUAUGAAAUGCUAUGAUGUGACCAUUUAAAAUAGUGAAAGCUCCUUUACUGUCUGACUAGUUCUCGUUAAUUUCAUUUUGUUUCUAGUUGCAACUUUUGAUUCUCCUGGCUUUGCACAAUUGCUAACAAUUGCUAUUACGAGGCCAUUCAAAUGAAACUCCUUGUCAGUUCGCACGAUACCAUUUUAUCUUUAACAUUUUACAAAGUGAGAUUUGUGAUUUCUGUUCAUUUUUAGCUACUUUUGCCGGAAAGUAAAAGGUUUAAGUUAUUUUUAAAACCCGUCGAUAUAUCGACGGGUUUCACAUACUAGAGUUACACCUAUAGUUAAUCUAAUCAGGUUUGUACUUGAAAAAUAUUCUCUUUUCGACUCAUUGUUCAUUGUUCUAUUUGGGUGGUUCGAACCUGUGAACCAGUGAAAUCCCAUUAAAAUGUGACCAAAUUUGUUGUUGUAUGUAUUUUUAGAACUAGAUAGGUGGCUCUAACAUUCAAACUCGUCAGUGAUAACUGAAAUUCUCCUAGUAGCAUUAUGUCUUAGCAGGUAAUCCCUUCCGAUACGUCGUGAUAUGAUGUAUGGUUUUACGAAUACGUUUUUACCUUAACAUCUAGGUAACAUACAAAACAAAGGUGCCACACCUAGGUUAUAUUCAGCAGGCUUUGUUAAACUGAAGUUGUUUAGUCUGCUAUAAGUCUUAGAAAUACUUCGUCUCAAACUAGGAAACUCAUCGGUGGUUUGGAAAGUUAGGUUGAGUAGCAGAAUAAGAAUAAAAAGGGAAAUUUAUUUCUGAAAGAAAUAAAUGGUUUUAUUCUUAGUGUAACUGAUCAAUGUGUAAUUUCUCCAGCUGCCAGAAAGGGGGCGUUCCUGCUAUCCGGGACAUUAUAUGUGUAUUCUCAAGACAGGAAAUCGAGGCACGAAGCUCCUCUGCUCACUGCAACAGGGAAAUAAUGAAACAUUAUUCCUUCCCUUCCAUUCCUUUUUCCUUUUCUCCACUUUACUGUCCUGGAUGGCGGGCGCGAGUGUGCCCUUGGGCUUUCCACAAGUUGCUCGAGAUUUUCCAAACCGCUUCCUGUAAUUUCUCAAAAAGUUGCUCAAACGUUGCUUCAAAAAAAAUCAAAAGUAGCUCUUGAAAACAAAAAUUUUUUUUGGUCUGAUGCUAAAAUAUGCAAAUUGUACAACAAAUAAGUGAGAUUUCUAAGCAUUUUUGUGCAAUUUUGCGGCGUAACCAGCGUUACUAAAUAACUUUGUCCUCAAUUAAAACCGAAAUAUAUAAUGAGCCAAUAAAAUUGUUGAAUGACCUUCUUCACCUGAGGCACUCAAGUCAGUCGAAUGCGAAUCUGAAUUUUCUCUAAAAACCGCUGACCUAGCAGCCUGGUUACUGUUAUCUUGCGCCCAUGAUCUGCACCAGGAAGGGGGGGGGGAGAUUUGCCUGCUUUUUUUCACAAGAAAUUCAUAAAUUGUUUACUAAAACAUUGUGAAAUAUGGAAGAAAGGCCAAUUUCAGCACUAAAAGCUGCUUCGAUAUUUCAGAGUUAGAAGAUAACUAGAGAAAUUGCUCAGAAUGCAAAAAGUUGCUCGAAAUACGAGAAGUUGCCAAAAAAUUGCUGAGCAACUUGUGGAAAGCCCUAGUGUGCCCUCACCUUUGCUGGAAUAAUCUCCUCAGUGUAUCUGGAUUUUAGUAGCUCUAUAUGCUUAAAUUAUUUGGUACCUCAGCUAACAGAUUUCACCCAAAGUGAGACUCCGCCAACGUCUAUAAUUGACUUAAUAGUUAUAAUUAAAAGGAACAUGGAGGAUAAAAGAAGUUAAGACUGCAGUUGUUUAAGAGUAACUGAACAAUGCCUUUUUCCUGACUUAUCUCCUUUCAUUUCCUAAAACGACUAUGGGAAAGAAUUUUGAAAAUAUUUUCCCUUUGGUGAUCAAUCUACCAAUUCUCAUAACCUUUUCUCUUGAUGACGUAUUCAAAGUCGUUGGGAGAAAAUUGACGUUGGUCACUCUUGGGUCUUUGAGGGUUAAAGAGCCGAAUUCCGGCGUGGGUACUUGAAAAGGUGGGGGUGGGGGUGGGGGUGGGGGGGGUCCCUUACGAAAGGUACGGGGAUGUUCAUGAAUUAUCCGCCUAAAAGAUGAAUAUUUAUUGCCGCUGUGUUUAUUUUGUUUAAUCAUAAUUACUUUACUCCUUAUUUAUUGAAUUCUCGCGUUCAAUUAGUGAAUUUUUUCUUAGUUUGCAAAGUAAUUCUCAUGUCCUUGAAAGGCUUUAAAUUCUUGAACAGACGGGCCUCUUGAUAAAUUGUGUUUUGGUUGGUUUAAAUGCCUUUGUUUGUAUUCAAUACCGACACUUGAAAGUUGGAUGCCAUUUCCUUCUGUUAUCUUUAAGAAAUAAAGCUUUUGCCCAAAAUGUAAACAAAAUUUGAAAUGGAAGCAGAACUCGUAGCUAUUGAAAUGUUUUUUUGAUUGUAAAUACUUGGAUGAAGUUGUUAAGUGUGAGGCACCGAAAACAGGAAUUCUUGAGUCUUCCCUAAAGUAGCCUGUGUUUUUCUGAAGCACAAUAAGUACGAAAUGUACGCUUUGUCCCCGGGGGGGUACUCCCUAAUAUGGGCUAUAUAGGUAUGUGCGGCCCCAAAGGGUAGGGUUUUUCAGCCGUUUUGGUCAUAAAUUGGGUAUCGAUUUUGGCUAUUUUGCCGCCAUUUUGGUCAUCAAUAGGGAAACGAUUUUUGCACUGUAGUCUUGAAUGCACUUUUUUAGAAGAAGCUAUUUCCUUAUCAUGUCCCCCUAACCUAAUAAAAGCAGAUAAACAUUGCCUUUAACAUUGGUCUGAACUAGGGAAAUAAUUAUAAGGCAGGUCUGAAACAGGGUAUUGAUUUAAGGGUCAGGUCAUAAAUAGGGUAUCAAAUUUUUGGUUAGGUCAUAAAUAGGGUAGGGAAAAUCGCAGAUUUUGGUCAUAAUUAGGGUAAGGGUUUUGGGAAGCGGGCCGCACACCCCUACCCAAUUUUUCUGCGAGUACCCCCCCGGGACGCUUUGUCAACCAUCAACACGAAGGCUAUUCAUCCGUUUCUCACUUUACUUAUACUGUUUGUUUUUUGUGUUGAAGAUGAAAGUUGAGUUGAUUUUAACCUAGGGUUAACCUUUCAUUCCUAAAACGUUUGAGUCAGCAUGAAACCAAAUCCCGUGAUGUUUCCAUUAAAAUCAAACCUCUUCAGCAGUACUGUCACAUAGUACUCGGUAAGUUGUUCAGGAGGGUUUCACACAUGGAAUAAAAGUGAUUUGAGAUAUAACUGAAGUUUAUUUUCUCGCCACGUUUCCAAGCUCAAAGCAUAGCUGGUUUAAGCCCUAAACAUGGGUGUUUUUACUCGCAAUACUCGUUGUUACUUCAAGAUCGCAAUUUCCGUUUUUUUGUGUGUGAUAACACUUGAUCUCGUUAGAAUAGGAAAGACUUAAGUAAUCGCCAAAACUGUGUAAGAAAAAUAAUGGGCUUUGUUCCUCUUACUCUCGAAUUAUAAAUUUCUGAAGCCUCCUUUGAACUGUAUAAGCCGGAGAGUAAGAUAAAAUCUCUUAAAAUAGAUAAAAUAAAGUCGUUCGACGUAAACCAAACAUCAAACUAUUUGGCUUUCGCUUGACAGCAGUCACCCACUCGUAAGUUAUAUCUCUGAGUUAAAAGGUAUCAUUAAGCCCUUGUGUUGCCUAUGGUAUGAAGAGACCUUAAAAGCCACAUCCGGCAGCCUGUCCUCUUUAAGCAAACACCAUUCCAUUCUGUCUAGAAUAAACUUCCUAGCACGAAUAAGCUUGAGUAAUGAACUUUAUGAAUUUGUCAUCUUCCAAAAACAUCUUACCUUUGUGACAGUUGCACAUUCAUCUUGAGUAAGAUAUCUCAUUUGCGCGUUUUCAACACACAGAUUUCGGCGAACACCUUUUCGUGAGGGGGUGUUUUCUUUUGAAGAGCUUCUUGAGUGAAGAAAUAGGGAUAAAUUGCAAAUCUGAUUUAUUUUUCGACUGACUGUAUAAUGAAGUGCAUAUCUUAAUCCGCACUCGAAGCCACACAACAGAGAGAGAUUAGAUUGUAAUGCGAUAUCAAACUAUUUUAAUUCACCAUGAAUUUUAUAAUACGUUUAAACCAUGCGAUUAUUGCGAAAUGCGCUUUCGUAUUUGUAAUUCCUCGUUCAAUGACGGAACUAAACGUUUCAACACAGCCGACUUGUGGGCUGCCUUUCCUUUUGCGUCAUUUGCCACUAAGCCCCCCCCCCCUCCUUCCUCCCAAUUCAAAUCGUUAAGCUAUGCUAUCUCUUAUUAUGCUGUAAUACAGUAGAACCUCGGAUAACUCGAAUCCCCCUCUAACUACGACUAAAUUUCCUUUCCUUUGAUCAAAACUUCGCAGAAAUUUACCCCGAUGACUCAAGCUGUUUAGUUUCCCGGCCCUUCAGAGUUCGAGUUACCGGGGUUCAGCCUCAAUUAAUAGAAUCGAACCGAAUCGUCACCAUCAAGCCCGUGAAAAGGGUUUUCAAGUUAAAACUACCACGUUUGUACAUUAUACCUUAGGGUACUAUGACUCUAAUCGGCAGUAUAUACAUCGAGAAAGAAGCUUUGUUUCUACGUGAAUUACGAUAGAGGCACCAGCGUACAAGCCCCUUUCUAUCCUUGCAACAAAUAACAUAUUAAUAUCUGAGUCUUACAAUGGAAAACUAUUAUUUUCUUCUCAGAAACUUCCAAAACAUGGGCGGCUUCCUAUGCCCCGUUGUCCGGCCUCCAAGACCUCAAGUUUGUCAUCCCAUUUGUAAAGACGUUUAAGUGUGGCUAUUGCAAUUCUUCUUGAAAAACUUGAUAUACCUGUUUCUCGAAACUUAAGGAAUAAUACAACCUUGUUUAAAAAGUAGUCCGGAAUUUUUUUUGUGAAAAUUCUCGAGUAGAUUUAAGCGAUGGUGUUAAUGUUUGCUUUCGAGUAUAAUUCGUCACCGAUAAAUUACUGACGUCAAGCUUUCAUUUACACUUGUGCCUCGAGCACCCAUUGAAGAAUUCCUCUGUAACUGCCCCCAAUGCUAUAUCAGCCGGUCUACCAGGGAAACUCUGGACUGCUGGUGAAAGUCUGCUGACUUCAGUGGCCUUCCUCGUCUUGUAAAACUACUCUGGGAGCAACAUAUGUGAAAUUAUGGUGGAGUCUACUCUAAGGUAAGACAAUGUAAAAUGCGAUGAAAUUGAGAGGAAACAGACGGCAAUAAACGAAUGUUGCUGUCUGAAACACUACUGUCGAAAUCGUUCAUCACGGUGAGGAUGCCAAGAUUCGUGGAAUUCCAUAGUUAGUUUUCCGAAAUAUUUAAUGGACUAACGACAAAAAUCGAAAAAGAGUAACGAAAAGAUUUUGCUGCAAGACUUUGAAACACUGAUUUCGUCCGGUUUAAACAGAACUUAUUAGCACCGGGAACUGGGAUUGGCCAUCGAAGAGUCGAGACGAGGCUUGGUUAAUAGUGGAGUCAUUGAAUAUAUAACGCCUCUUUCUUUAAGUUCAAGAAUGACUGGAUCUUAGAAUACAUGUUGCGAAUAUCCCCCGCACAGUCUUUAAUAUAGGUAGAAGAAUGUAGAGAGCAGGAUAUCUUACUUGAAUGGAACUAAAUAGGUUCCGAACGACGGCGUUCGCUUACUGCAACUUCAGAUUGCUUCGACGCUGUGAAGCGCAUUAGAUCAUAUAUAUGCCGUGAAUCUUUGCGCUAUAUAAGUAACUAAUUCACCAUUACCUUCUCCUUGUGUCUGCUAUGCCAACGAGGUACUUUACUGCGUUCUGAAGUUCGGAAAGGAUUCUUCUUCUCCAAUCCUGUCAAGAUUGCAGGGUCUUUCUAACUUUCUCCCACCCUGUACCAGUUCACCAAAGAGCGUAACUGUUUGUGUACCCGUGAACUGAAUUGUAGUCGCUGUUAAACUGAACGGAAAACACUCCAUCCAUGUUGUUGUCAUGAAGACCUCUUUUACGGCAGUGGUCGUGUUUGAAUGUAUUACAUUCUGUACGUAGUGUAUUGUAUGAAAUGUUAUUUCGGCUUAACUAACUGGGGCAACUGAAUUUCCUGAGAAUGUUAAAUUUUCGUGAAUAACAAACAUUCUCCCAGAAAUAUUCCAAUUGAAUGUCCUGAGAAUGUUCAAUUUUCGUGAAUAACAAAUAUUCUCCUAGAAAUGUUCCAAUUGUUACUAGAAUCUCUCAUAAUCUACUUCGUUUUUCAAAAGCCCCUUAAAAAGAUAGAGAGGCCGAGAAAGGGUUUCCUUCUGAAUGGUCACACAGUAAGAUUUCGCCCGCAGUUUCGGCACAAGUUUCAGUGAACGGACAACAAUUCUUUCCCAUCAUCCAAAUUUUUGGAUUGAUUAAGGUUUCAAUACAUGAAUACUGAAUUAUUGCGCAGUUUCAUAGUUGCAUGCAUUUUUACUUCUAUUUCACAAUACAGUUCAUGUUAUUGAUCAACCCAGUUAGUUCAUGACUAAUUUAGCUUUUCCUGCUUAAAGAUCAGACUCAGUGAAGACACUGUUGUUUGUGAAUUCUUUAAAAUUAUAAUCCUUGGCACGUUGAUACCCUCUUAAACAUACUAUUUAGCUUAACUUUAAGUCGCCUGGAGAGCCAACGUAAACAUUUGAAAUUGUUCUUUUUUGCUCUUAGAUAGCUAAGCUCGAAGUCUUCUGUGAUAGCAUUUCUCUCGGCACACAUUUGUACAGUAAACAAAUUGGCAUUCGAGGUGGCCCCUCCCAUGAGCCGGGUUUGUUUCUUGUCGUUUUCGUUCACGCCAGAAACAAAGCUGUAAGAUUCAUUCAAAUAUUUCAAUAAAGCAAACACAUGAUGUCCAUGAAGUAUUUAAAAUCCAACAAUAUACUUGCGUUUUAGUUGUAAAAUGGAACUGAAGGUACUUCGCUUGAGUGAAUUCAGUGCCAGACUGACUAGCCUUGUUAUUGUAAAUAACAUUGUACCAGUUUUGAUACAGUAAUGGAGCGGCUUACAGGCUUAAAUAUGAUGAUCUACGUUCCUUUGUUUAACGCUGCUUAUACUCUGCAAGACCAAUCCUAAGUCCUCAGUAUGUCAGGGAAUUGAAACUCUGACUGCUUGCGUUAAUCUAGCCUGUGAACAGGCUAGCGUUAAUCACAGAACUAAAAGAAAAUGGUAUAUCUGAUAUCACUACAUUAUAUGUAGCCUGUUCCAGGCUCCGAGAUGGUCGGGUUCGCGAAAUUGAGAAAGCGCGAACACGAAACUAAAACGGAAGGAAAUCAUGCGCUUAUAUUUUCACGUGCCUUUCAGUUACCUACCCUACCCUACUAUCUGAGAGCCCUGAACAGGCUACAUUAUAUGCUACACUACACUGAUUUAGUUCAAAAGUGAUGCUAACCGUUUUGCCAAGCCGUUAGCAUUCAGCAUUUCCACUUUGCUCAUAUUACACCCCCAAACAUUUUGCGUGAACAAGGUGUAUUAUGGGCAAUGUGAAAAUGGUGAUUUGCCUUUUUGAACGUACAAAUUAGGUUUCUGGAAAACUGCCCACCUACCCCUCCCCUAAGCCCUCAUUUUACCCUAAGUAAGAAGUAAGUGUUAAUGUUAGCAUAGAGGAGGGGUAGAUGGGCAGUUUCCCAAAAACCUAAAUUGAUCCCAAAUUUUCAGACAGUCUUUAGCCUGAGUAUCAGGCGUUUCGGGGGGAAAAGGGGAGAGAUGGAAGCGAAAAAAAUCUCCUCUCCCCUAUCCCCUUAGGAAGGCCUGAUACUCAGGCUAGACAGUCUUGUGAUCAAAAUACUGAUCGGUUAUUGACCCCUUUCACUCAGGGGUUCCCUCCCCCCGGCGGACUUUCAACGUUUCGUAGGGAGAGCCUCACUAAAAUAAAAUGUUUUAAUUAUUUUGUAGAUGCCUUGACGUGAUGCUAAAUAAAAAGAAAGAAAAUGGGAUUAAUCCUUUAAAAUUGUCAUCUGGUGAGCCUGAAAGUUAACAUGUUUGGACACAACGAUGUUACGGGACGUGCGAUUGAUGCGAAAUCAGAUUAAAAUGUGACGUAGUCCCCACUUCUGGUUUGUGAAACAAAAACAAAGGAACGUGUUCCUUCAAAUGAAAGCCCUUAAGAAAUAUAUCUCUAUUGUGUGGAAUCAUUAUAAUUGUUUGAUAAUUUUUAUAGUAAAACGUCGUGGUGAUUUGCCGAUGCCAGAACGAUGCCAGCAGGAUGAUAGUAUGUAG